AUGAAGAUGGUGGUGGGCCACGGCACAGCGCCCAUGGUGGUCCUCUCCCUCCUCCUACUCUGCUUCGCCCGACAGGCGGUGCAGCAGGAGUGCCUCUACGUGACCAGCGGCAGCACAGAGAUGGCCGUGCUGCGACCACCCGCCACCGAGCCCCUCAUCUCCUUCCCCGCCGGCACAGAGACCACUGGCAUGACUACCUCACCCCUCGCGCCACUUCACUCUCUUUCUCCCCUUUUCGUUUUAUUCGCGCGAGGCAAGGGCGUGGCGAUGGACGGCGACGUGCUUUACGUGGCGUCGGGGUCCGAGUCGACCAUCAACAUGUACGACCUGGCCAACAACCUCACCCUGCUCGGUCCCUUCGUCGUCUUCUCCGAGCUGUUCUACCUCGAGCAAAUCCUGAUUCACGAUGGCAUGAUGUACGUGGCGACGGAUGACUAUCCCUACGUGCUCAAGGUGCCCACGCCGGGCCUCACCAACUCGUCGGACUUCAACGCGACCCAGUGGCAGCCCACCGGCGGCGGAGUGGCCCUCUACUGGCGCCCUGCAGUCGACCUCCAGGGCAGCGCGAUCAAGGGCGCGGCCUGGGGCCUCCAAUACACGAACGCGAGCGGAGUGGGUCCGGGCGUGUUGGUGUCGACGCAGGCCAACGAGCUGUACCUGCUGAGCGUUGACAACGCUGGCUACGACAACGUGAGCCUGGUCUACUCUGACACGUCCGCCUUCGGCCCACUGAGAUGGGGCGGAAUGGACGUGGACAGCGGUGGAUCGCUCUAUCUCUCUCAGGGGAGAGGCGGCAGGGUGCUCCAAUUCAACUCCUCGGCCCUGGCCUUGCAGGGCGACUUUGGCACGGCGCUCGACACUCUCAUCUAUGAUGUCAAGUUGAGUGCGGACGGCCUCCUCUACCUCGCCAUCCUGAGUAGUGUUGGGACCAUGACACAGGACGGCACCUUCACUACACUGUAUACCUCCGACGUCGGGGUAAUCUACUUCGAGUUUCACGCAUGCCCGAUGCUCGCGCUGCCCUCACCCUCGCCCGCCGCCGUUGCGCCGUCGUCGGGCGUCGACUCCCUGGUGGUGGUCCUGGCCACCGUGCUGCCCAGCAUCUUCGUCGGCCUCCUCCUGCUGCUGUGCCUCGUGGCCGCCCUCUUCUUCGCGGUGGCCUGGAAGGACAAGCGGAGAAAGUGGCACGACGAACACGACGACCGAGAGCUCGAGUCCAUGGAGGUGGGCAAGGUCAAGUACAGCUACCGCGAGAUCGACCCUCAAGACCUGCAGCUCGGAACUCUCCUGGGCGAGGGUGGCUUUGGCAAAGUCUAUCGGGGCAUGUGGCGCGGGGCUCCGGUGGCGGUGAAGAUAUUCGAGCAGGUGGAGCUCGACCAGGUCGACAACUCGACUCUACACACACUUCGUCGCGAGGCCGAAAUGUUGGAGAAACUGUCCAACCACCCCUGCGUCGUGAGCUUCGUUGGUGCAGUCACCAAGGGCGAUGUGGCGAUUCAAGGAAUGGAGAAGUGCCCAUUCGCGCUGGUGCUUGAGUUCUACCCGCACGGAUCGCUCUACGAUGUGCUGGUCGCCAAACGCCUCGAGCUGCCCUUCCACAUACUGGUUCGCAUGGCCCGCGACAUCGCGCUGGGCAUUCUCCACCUCCACAAGGAGAAGGUGAUCCACCGUGACAUUGCCACGAGGAACGUACUUGUCGGCGACAAUUAUUCGGUUCACAUUAGCGACUUUGGGCUGGCCAGGGCGAAAAAGGACGAGGUCGAUCGCACCACCUCGAACUACGGUGCCAUCAAGUGGAUGGCACCCGAGGCACUGCUGCGCGGCGAGUACUCGGAGGCAUCGGAUUGCUUUUCCUACGGAGUGCUGCUGUGGGAGAUGGUCACGAGGAAAUCGCCGUGGAACAACGUCGACCCCACCCAAAUCGCCAUCGCCGUGGGCGUCAAAAAUACCCGGUUGCGAAUACCGCCCGUGUGCGAUCCCGUCUUUCGACGAAUCAUGAAGAGCUGUUGGAAGCAGAAUCCUCAAAAGAGAAUGAAAAUGGAGGAGAUCUGUUCCAUGCUGGAGCAGUACUACGCCGACUUGGCCAAGUACGCCGGCGAAGACUGGAUGGACGACGAGUACGAAGAUGGCGAGAUCGAACACAGCAGCACGUCGUCCAGCGUGGUCAGCCAUGCGCAGACCUCAACCUCCAGCCCCACGGGCAAAAAGCGGCGCCCGAGCAAUCAACACUCCAAGCUCAUGCGUCAAGUCGGCAACACAAGCAACAACAGCAGUGAAGCCAGCAAGAGCGUUACCGGAGAGAAGGAGGGAACAGCAGCAGCGAGCAAGGACACAGGCAAGGCGAAGGCCGAGUACCUGGUGACUGAGGUCUUUGCUCUCGAAGGGGCAGAGGAGUGA